GACGCGACCAUGACUCUGGAGUCCAUGAUGGCCUGUUGCCUGAGCGACGAGGUGAAGGAGUCGAAGCGCAUCAACGCCGAGAUCGAGAAGCAGCUGCGGAGGGACAAGCGCGACGCUCGCCGCGAGCUGAAGCUGCUGCUGCUGGGCACUGGGGAGAGUGGGAAAAGCACGUUCAUUAAGCAAAUGCGUAUAAUUCAUGGCUCAGGCUACUCUGAAGAGGACAAAAAAGGCUUCACCAAGCUGGUGUACCAAAACAUCUUCACUGCCAUGCAGUCUAUGAUAAGAGCCAUGGAGACGCUGAAGAUUCUGUACAAAUAUGAACAGAACAAGGCCAAUGCAGUGCUGAUCCGAGAAGUGGAUGUAGAAAAGGUCAUGACAUUUGAGCAGCCAUAUGUAAGUGCAAUUAAAACAUUGUGGAACGACCCUGGAAUACAAGAGUGUUAUGACAGGAGAAGAGAAUAUCAACUUUCUGACUCAGCUAAAUACUAUCUCAGCGAUGUGGAUCGUAUCGCUACCCCAGGAUAUCUACCAACUCAGCAAGAUGUGCUACGGGUUAGAGUCCCUACAACCGGGAUCAUAGAGUACCCCUUUGACCUAGAGAAUAUUAUCUUCAGAAUGGUGGAUGUUGGAGGUCAAAGAUCAGAACGAAGGAAGUGGAUCCAUUGCUUUGAAAAUGUGACUUCCAUCAUGUUUUUAGUAGCACUUAGUGAAUAUGACCAAGUUCUGGUGGAAUCAGAUAAUGAGAACCGGAUGGAAGAGAGUAAAGCUCUCUUUCGAACCAUUAUAACUUAUCCAUGGUUCCAAAACUCUUCUGUUAUCCUCUUUCUCAACAAGAAAGAUUUGUUGGAAGACAAGAUCCUGUAUUCCCACCUUGUUGACUAUUUCCCUGAGUUUGAUGGCCCACAGAGGGAUGCACAGGCAGCCCGUGAGUUCAUCCUCAAGAUGUUUGUGGAUUUAAAUCCCGACAGUGAUAAAAUCAUCUAUUCCCAUUUCACAUGUGCCACAGACACAGAAAACAUCCGUUUCGUCUUUGCAGCUGUCAAGGACACCAUCCUACAGCUCAACCUGAAGGAGUACAAUCUGGUUUGACCUGCUCUGCUCUUGCCCCUUGAGAGGCUUCUUUGUGAAGAAAAGACAAAAAAAUUGAAAUUUUAAAUAUGACAGGAAAAAAAAAAAAAGUUUUAAUUUUUGAUGAUGUAAUGAUUGCAAAUUGUCUGAUCUGUGGAGUGGCAAGUGCUCGGUGUUACCCUGGAGUCUCAUGUCUCUGUCCACAGAGUAGUUGAUUUCAUAUUUUUAACAAAUUGCUUUUAUGUCACAGUUAACGGGGAUAUGCCUCAAUUUCUUCAGCACCUUGCUUACUUCUUAAUUUUUGCCAAGCAGCUAAGGCAGCCUCAUCUUGAUCUUUCCUUUGUUGCUAAGCCACGUUUUUUGUUUUUGGUUUUGGUUUUUUUUUUUUUUUUUUUCCCUUUCAUUCCCAUGGUAUAUGUAGAAAAAAAAAUCCCCAACACUUUCCGGCUGAGAUUGUGAAUUCACUGGACUGUGGGAGUGCAGAAUGCUACUGGUCCCUUUGCCUUGUGCUAUAGGGUGCCUCUGGUAUAAUUUGUUUAUCCUGCUUCCUUCCCCUCCUUCUUUCCCUUCCCCAGGACACGCUCCAUGGUUCACUGUGAUGAAAUGUUGGGGAGGAGCGAUUGCUCUCCAACUGUUGUGCAAAAAAAAAAAACAAAAAGAAAAAGGCAAAACAAACAAAAAGAAGCCAUCACUUUUCCAUUCUUUAUAUGUUCUGAGUAAUUUUUUGUUAUCAAUUAUAAAAGAAACCAACAUACUUUGAACUAGUUUGAAACUUGAAGUCAGUGAGCAGAGGACCAUCCGUUUUCCUUGCACCAUUCCAUGUGGAUUGGCUACCUGGUGAGCAAAAGCCCCUUCCAGCUUCAGCGUGUCAGCUCCUGCCCUUCCUGCCUCCCCCUUCUCCUCAAGUUGGAUUCUUUGGUCUCUUGUUGUUGCUUCCUAGCAAUGUUGGCCUUGCGUUCAACUAUGGUUUUUCUUCAUGUGUUUUAUUGGUUUUAAAAAAAAAAAAAAAAAAAGACAAAAAAAUAAUUUAAAAAAAGGAAAAAAAAAAAAGUACUUCUGGAGUGUGCUGACCAUUGUAUUGUCCUGUACAGAGCCCAGGUCGUUAGAGUCCAGCAGAGAUAAAGUGUGUUAUGCAGCACCCAGUUUUUUAAGAGUAUGGUUUGUGCCAAUGCCCCUUCUUUAGUAGUGCCAGAGACUCUACAAGUGCCAAUGUGGUGGAAAUUAUUUGGUUAUACUUGUAUAUUAUAGGAUCCUGAUUUAAGACAAUUUAAACAUUAUCCUAUUUAAAAAGAAUACUAUAUAAAAUGCUGUUUUUAAACCUUGUCAUUUGCAAUGCAUGUAUUGUUGUGCGUGUUGGGGGGCGGGGAGGGAAGAGGGUAGGGUAAAGGAGUUUCUGAAUAAGAUGCCCAGUGUCAGGAUCUAUUCAGACUCCAAACUGUCUCAUUCCAGUCCAGGAGUGUGAUUGUUUCUUGGAAUGAUCCCACUCUGACUGCUGGGCAACACGCUUAUUACAGAAAUAUCUGAUGGAAAUUGAUUUUCAUAUCUUUCUCCUGAAAUAAACUCUCUGUUUGAAAUUGGAAUAAAUUUUGUUCCUAAAAGCC